CUCUAAGGUUCAUCAGCUCAAGCUCUGUGAUCAACACUGGGCGCCGUCUGUCGCUCACCUACCUUCCGCCCGCUCCUCCUUUAGCGGCAUGUCGGUUCUCUCCACCCUCUAGCGGUCUGGGUUAGUAUCCAAAGAAAACAGAGCAAGCGAUCAUGCAUCCGUUGAUGGAGGACUAGAUACCAGAAUAUCGAUGGUCAUCGGAAGCUAGGUAACCGACCGUUGAUGAGCCGCACGGACUAGCCUUUUGUCCGCUGCGGGACCGAUAGUGGGUCCUCGUUGACGUUGGCAGGCGAGAUGAUUGCGUGUGUCACGCCCUUGCCACCAGCCUUGCUCUCUCCAAUGCAUUCUGUUGAUGCCGCCAGCGGUGCCGAGAGUAGGUUGGGGUAUGCGAUGAGAGGAUUGGGUUUUGAUUGACGAGAAGGUGGUAUUAAUGACUUGGCUUUGUAUUCCACGACUGAUAGAGCACCAGAAAAUACAUGGUUUUCCUUGUUCUCCCACCCGCUGAUGAUUACAGUCCACCAUUACCUUUCUUUACUAUAAAACUGGUCAGGAAGUUCGACACAGCUGGGCAGUGACGCUGUUGCUGGGGCUCGAAAGACAAAGGGGCAGGGUAUAGGCCAGGAAGUGACAACACCACGAGAGAGCUCUCAUGAGUAGCAAUUCCGGUCAUGGAGGGGCUGUUGAGACCACGGCCACGGCCCCAGCAAGCUACCCUACUGGUGACCAUCAAGACGACGGACCCAUAAACUCCAGGUUGCUCUCCGACUCGGAGUUACAAGCCGAGUCUUCUGCUUCAAGUCACGGCACCAACAGCACCGUAUCAAUCGCUGGAAUCAUGCCCGGCGUGACACCUUCGGGGCUCAACGCCAAUAUCUCUCAGACUCCUUCUGGUGCGAAGACGGUCGCCUGGAGAGACCUUCCGCGCAAAGACCAACUCACCGUUAUCACUCUUGCCAGGUUGAGUGAACCACUUGUGCAGACAUCAUUACAGUCAUAUAUGUUUUACCAACUGAAAUGGUUUGACACAGGCCUGCCAGUUUCUGUCAUUUCAAGCCAGGCAGGCAUCUUGCAGUUCGUGCUAUUCCAUGCUAGCUUCACUGCCGCUCAGUUCGUGACAUCAAUGAUGUGGGGCCGAGUUGCUGAUUCCCGCCGGUUUGGUCGCAAAACCGUCUUGCUCAUUGGCCUUGCUGGGGCAAUGACCUCGUGCCUCGGAUUUGGCUUUUCGACCACCUUUUGGCAAGCCCUCUUCUUCAGGUCUCUCGGCGGGAUCACCAAUGGGAACGUGGGAGUGUUGAGAACCAUUGAAACGGUACAGGAAAAAAAAUAUCAGUCGCGAGCAUUUCUUCUACUUCCAAUGACCUUCAACAUUGGGACUAUCAUUGGACCGAUACUUGGUGGUAUCCUUUCCGAUCCGGCAAGUAGCUACCCAUCCCUAUUCGGAGACGUAUGGUUCUUCCAUGAGUUCCCGUAUGCUGCCCCGAACAUCCUCUCGGCAAUCUUUCUCUUCUGUGCUAUGCUUCUUACACUUGACCUUUGCGCCGACCAACGUGAUAGAGGCUUGGAAAUUGGACAGAGCAUAAAACUGUGGGUAUCUCGCAAGAGAUCCCAGGGGGGGUACGCACGCCUUUCCACUGAAGACCCUACCACCAUCGAUAUCGAAACCCACCCUCUUACCCAUGGCACAGACUCCCAGCAGUCCUCCAUUUCAGAUGUAGCCCCUUUCAAGCCAAAAUAUGCCAGACGACGCUACACACAACGACUCCCUUUCCGCCGCAUCUUCACGCCAAACGUAGUCUCCACGUUCACAGCUAGCUGUCUUCUGUCCCUUCACGUGGGCACGUUCAACUCACUCUGGUUCGUAUUUCUCUCAACCCCAGUCUACGAUCCAGCCAAAGGCCCAGAAUCACCCGACGCCUUCCAACGGCAUCUUCCGUUUAUAUUCACUGGAGGUCUCGGUCUACAUCCUCGUGAAGUCGGCAUGGCCAUGGCUAUCCUUGGUGUUCUUGGUAUUGCUCUCCAGCUUGGCAUCUAUCCCUGGCUUUCGGCCCGGCUCGGCACCGUCCGGAGCUGGCGGUUAUUUCUGCUCUUUUUCCCCUUUACCUACUCCAUCGCACCUUAUCUGAGCUUGGUCCCCUCUUUCUCUCCCCCGCCGGCACCCAAGGAUGGUUUUGUUGUGUGGCUUGCCAUCGCGGGCGUGCUUUGUUUCCAUGUCAUUGGCCGGACAUUUGCACUGCCUGCUCAGGCGAUUCUGGUAAAUAAUUGUACGCCGCAUCCAAGCGUACUGGGGACAGUGCAUGGCAUUGGGCAGAGCGUCUCGAGUCUUUCAAGGACAGUGGGCCCCUUCUUAGGAGGGUUUUUGCAUGGGCAGGGUCUGGCACGGGGCGUUGUUGGUGCUGUAUUCUGGUGCCUCAGCACAAUUGCGAUAGGUGGGAUUGUGGCAAGUCUCUUCGUACACGAGGGUGAUGGGCAUGAGAUAUGGCUUGAAGGCGAUGAAGAUGACGAUGUUUGAAGUCAACUUCAUGAUCACAGACAUGGUUAUUCACGGGCCUGGUUGAAGAGUCUUUACUUAUACC